UAUGUAUGUGUAUGUGUGUUUGUAUGUAUGUGUAUGUGUGUAUAUGUGUGUGUGCAUACAUGAAAUAUCUAUAUUUAGGUCCAAAAAAUAGGGCAGUUUGGAGAACAAAGGGGAAUAUAUAAUUUUAAAAGGGAAUAAAACAGCAUACUUGCAUUUCUUGUCAAUGAAGACCAACCCUGGCUGCCUUGUACUUAUUAUUUGUGGUGAAAAAUCAGUGGAGAUUUGCUGCACAUGGCCUCACCAUUCUCUGUGGUGCUCAGCUGAAAGAUGGUUUUUGGAAGGUCAAACAAGUUUGUGCUCCUUUUAGUUGCCAGCUGUAAGGUGAUAAUAAUACGGGAUGCCUAGUUAAAUUUGAAUUUCAGAUGAAUAAUGAAUAAUGGUUUAACAUAUGCUUGUCUCAAAUAUUACAUGGGAUGUGUUUAUACUAAAAUAUUCGUUGUUCAUCUGAAGUUCAAGAUGAAUUGGACAUCCUGUUUUAUCUGGUAAACCUAGCUUUUCUCCAUGUUUUUUCUGCGUUUGAACCUUGUUCACUUUCAUCCAAGGUAAAAGCAAAAUAAGUUAAAGGGAGAGUGUCAAAAUCUGUAGCAAUAGACUGAGACAGUCAUCUUUUCCUGGCAGAUGAGCAGGCUUGGCAGACCUUGUGUAAUAUGUAUUUAAUUUUUUCCACUGGUGCUUGUGGCAAGAUGUUUAGCCCUGGGCUAGGGGAUGGGGUGUUACACCCCUCCCCAAAAUAGUUUGUGUCCUGCACCAUCGUUGCUCACUCACACUUACUCUUCACGGUGAUCUCACUUCAUUUGUCUUGCCAGCAUCUAAUUAUUCAGAAAGAUUCUUACUCAUCCACACAUCUGCACCUCAGUUCUAUUUGCAAUUACCCUUUUAGGAUGCUGCCUGAAUUAGUGUUCAUACACUGCAGAUAACCACUUUUACAUACUUCCUGGGUCAGAUAUAGAAGCAGACACAGUGUUUAUCUAUUGCGUGCUUCACUUAAGUUGUCAACCAUCAUAAGCAUUGUCUUGAGUCAUGUGUAGUGCUUGGAUUCGACAAUUGGCCUAAGGAAUACAUACAUAAUAGAACUUCUCUAUCAACACCUUGCGACACCAGAUCCAGCAAGAGACAGUUCCUGGAAUAUUUUACAAAUUACAUCUGAAAUCUGUACCAUCCAUUAAACUGGCUUAUGUGGCUAGAAUAGGAGGAGAGAAGAAAUAAAAUGUUUACUAAUAUUUUUACUCCCAUGAAAAAUGUCUAAUGUUAAGAAAACUUUAAAUAAACAUGAUUGAUCAAUUAAAAAAACAAAAACAAAAACAACCAUAUACCAGCAAGAGGAAGACUGACUGGGGAAAGAGCUGUUGGUGGUCAUCCUGCCAUCUCUCUUAACAGCAACACUGGUCCCUGGAGCUUCCUGUUCUGUUCCUUUCUGCUUUGUUCUGUUCCAGGCAGUUGGCAGAAUUGCACCGUGAACUCCAGCCUUGUUGCUAUGAAUGUAUUUUUUAUCUGUUUGAUUUGUUUCAACCCAGAGGAAGGAAAUGCCUGUGACUCUUGUUUGCACUUUUGGCUGGUUUUAGGGCACCUGAGGCCAUUCAAAUUACAACUCUGCCCAAAGCAAAAGCUAAAGAAUAUUACUCUUUUCAGGACAGAUGUCCUUAAUGUAAAGUCAGAAAAAACAUCAUAGGAAGCUUUACAGCAGCUAAACUGAAGGCCAUCCAUGGCCUCCCUGUUUCAUUUGAAAGGCUCUGAAGAAUGUGGGCUCUGCAAAGAGAUAAGUAGGGGAGGACCCCCCAAAAAGCAGAGAGGGGCCUCCAGGGCCAUCUUCUCUAUGGCCUGUGAAAACUGAGUCCAGUAUUCCCAAGUUUAUGAUGGAUUCUCAGAUUUCUACCAUUUUCAGCUAAAUUCACUUACAAGAAAGUUUAAAAUCUUGUUUGUAAUGAUCUAUUCACUCAGAAUGAUGAAGUGAGAAAUUUGAUAACUGCUAAUAUCUGGAAUUCUAAGAUAUUUAAAUCUAGUCUGGUUCUAAAAGAGUGUCAAUAAAUAGUAACUACAACACUUUUAUGUUGACAAAUAUGUUUUAUUGGUUAAACUGCAUAAAUACAUAUUUGCUAAGCAUUGGUCUUUCAGUGGUCAUAAUGGAUAUUUUCCUACAAUUUUGAUGUUCUAGGAAGCAAAGAAAUACCACUUGCUGCAAGGCUAUUGCCAUUUGUGAGAAUCUUUCUGCAGCCCUCAAGCCUGGAUACAGAUUUUUCUAAAUGGAAAUCAUUUAUUUGGUCCGAGAGUUCUGGUUGCUGGGCAUCCUCACCAGCGUUUGGCACUGGCAGCCUGCUUUCUUAGGGCAUUGCUGUGGAGUUCUCAGGCGCUGUGGUCUCACCUUCCACUGGGGCAACAAUGGGCCAUUUCCAGCAGGGACGGUGCAGUGUUGGCCUGCAUGCCUGACUGCCACACACCUCCAGAAUCAGGUGUCUGAAAAGUGGCAGUGACGAAAGAAGAGACUCUCCCGGCCGAGGCCCCAUCGCAUGGAGAGAAGGAAGAAAUCAAUUUCCUAAUUGGUACCAUAUACAUCAGAUGGAUGGUUUCUAGUGUGCUUCCAAACCCCACCUCGGCUGAGUGUUGGGCAGCACUUCUACAUGAUCCUAUGACUCUUGAUAUGGACGCAGUCCUGUCAGACUUUGUUCGGUCCACGGGGGCAGAACCUGGUCUGGCCAGAGACCUGCUGGAAGGCAAAAACUGGGACCUGACAGCCGCUCUGAGCGACUAUGAGCAGCUCCGCCAGGUGCACACAGCCAAUCUGCCGCAUGUGUUCAACGAAGGGAGGGGUCCCAAGCAGCCAGAGCGAGAGCCACAGCCCGGGCACAAGGUGGAGCGGCCCUGCCUGCAGAGGCAGGACGACAUUGCCCAAGAAAAGCGACUUUCCCGGGGGAUUUCCCACGCCAGCUCAGCCAUCGUCUCCCUGGCCCGGUCCCACGUGGCGAGUGAAUGCAACAACGAGCAGUUCCCCCUGGAGAUGCCAAUCUACACAUUCCAGUUGCCAGACCUGAGCGUGUACAGCGAGGAUUUCAGGAGCUUCAUCGAGCGGGACUUGAUCGAGCAGGCAACAAUGGUGGCUUUGGAGCAGGCAGGUCGCCUGAACUGGUGGUCCACUGUGUGCACGAGCUGUAAACGGCUUCUUCCUCUGGCCACGACAGGGGAUGGGAACUGCCUUUUACAUGCUGCCUCACUGGGAAUGUGGGGGUUUCAUGACCGGGACCUGGUGUUACGGAAAGCUCUCUACACCAUGAUGAAGACGGGAGCUGAGAGGGAAGCCCUGAAGCGGAGGUGGAGGUGGCAGCAGACGCAGCAGAAUAAGGAGUCAGGGCUGGUGUACACAGAGGAGGAGUGGGAGCGGGAGUGGACGGAGCUGCUGAAGCUGGCCUCCAGCGAGCCGCGCACACACUUCAGCAAGAAUGGCGGCACGGGCGGGGGUGUGGACAACUCUGAGGACCCCGUGUACGAGAGCCUGGAAGAGUUCCACGUUUUUGUCCUAGCCCAUAUAUUAAGAAGGCCCAUCGUCGUUGUGGCAGAUACAAUGUUAAGAGACUCAGGUGGAGAAGCAUUCGCACCCAUCCCAUUUGGAGGGAUCUACCUGCCCUUGGAGGUCCCUCCCAACAGAUGCCACUGCUCGCCUCUGGUUCUGGCCUACGAUCAAGCGCAUUUCUCUGCCCUCGUGUCCAUGGAACAGAGAGACCAGCAAAGAGAACAAGCCGUGAUCCCCCUGACGGAUUCUGAGCACAAGCUGCUGCCUCUGCACUUUGCAGUGGACCCUGGCAAGGACUGGGAGUGGGGGAAAGAUGACAACGAUAACGCCCGGCUGGCCCACCUUAUCCUGUCACUAGAAGCCAAGCUGAACCUUCUGCACAGCUACAUGAACGUGACGUGGAUCCGGAUCCCCUCCGAGACACGGGCGCCCCUGGCACAGCCGGAGUCUCCCACGGCCUCGGCAGGGGAGGACGUGCAGUCCCUGGCCGACUCGCUGGACUCGGACCGCGACUCGGUGUGCAGCAAUUCUAACAGCAAUAACGGCAAGAACGGCAAGGACAAGGAGAAGGAGAAGCAGCGCAAGGAGAAGGACAAGACGCGCGCCGACUCCGUGGCCAACAAGCUGGGCAGCUUCAGCAAGACGCUGGGCAUCAAGCUGAAGAAAAACAUGGGUGGCCUCGGUGGCCUGGUGCACGGCAAGAUGGGCCGCGCCAACUCCGCCAACGGCAAGAACGGGGACUCGGCCGAGCGGGGCAAGGAGAAGAAGGCCAAGUCGCGCAAGGGCAGCAAGGAGGAGUCGGGUGCGUCGGCCAGCACGUCGCCGUCGGAGAAGACCACGCCGUCGCCCACGGACAAGGCGGCGGGCGCGUCGCCGGCAGAGAAGGGCGGUGGGCCGCGGGGCGACGCCUGGAAGUACAGCACGGACGUGAAGCUGAGCCUCAACAUCCUGCGCGCCGCCAUGCAGGGGGAGCGCAAGUUCAUCUUCGCCGGCCUGCUGCUCACCAGCCACCGGCACCAGUUCCACGAGGAGAUGAUCGGCUACUACCUGACCAGCGCGCAGGAGCGCUUCAGUGCCGAGCAGGAGCAGCGGCGCCGCGACGCCGCCACUGCGGCCGCUGCCGCCGCCGCCGCCGCCGCGGCCGCCGCCUCCACGGCCAAGCGGCCGCCGCGCAGACCGGAGACGGAGGGCGCGCCGGUCCCGGAGCGCGCCUCUCCGGGCCCGCCCACGCAGCUGGUGCUCAAGCUCAAGGAGCGGCCGAGCCCCGGGCCCGCGGCAGGGCGGGCGGCGCGGGCGGCGGCGGGCGGCACGGCCUCCCCAGGGGGAGGCGCGCGGCGCGCGGGCGCCAGCGGACCAGUCCCUGGCCGCAGCCCCCCGGCGCCAGCGCGCCAGAGCGUCAUCCACGUGCAGGCGUCGGGCGCGCGGGACGAGGCGUGCGCGCCGGCCGUGGGGGCGCUGCGGCCGUGCGCCACGUACCCGCAGCAGAACCGCUCGCUGUCGUCGCAGAGCUACAGCCCGGCGCGCGCCGCCACCCUGCGCACCGUCAACACGGUCGAGUCGCUGGCGCGCGCGGUGCCUGGGGCCCUACCGGGCGCGGCCGGGGCGGCGGGGGCGGCCGAGCACAAGUCGCAGACCUACACCAACGGCUUCGGCGCCGCGCGCGACGGCCUGGAGUUCGCCGACGCCGACGCGCCGACCGCGCGCUCGAACGGUGAGUGCGGCCGUGGCGGCCCGGGGCCGGCGCAGCGGCGCUGCCAGCGCGAGAACUGUGCGUUCUACGGGCGCGCCGAGACCGAGCACUAUUGCUCCUACUGCUACCGCGAGGAGCUCCGGCGGCGGCGCGAGGCGCGCGGGGCCCGGCCCUGAGCGGCGCGGCGCGGGCAGCGAGGUUCUACCUUCGAGGAUUUCUUUUCCAUUGUGUCGGUGUCUUUUUUACAUGCCCUGGUCCACCGGAAGGCCGGCG